ACCUCUGGCGCUGCUGUCAUGGCGCUCGCUGCGGGGGCUGGCGGCAGGAGGAAAGUUUGCUAUUACUACGACGGUGAUAUCGGAAACUACUAUUAUGGCCAGGGACAUCCCAUGAAACCACAUCGAAUCCGUAUGACCCAUAAUCUACUGUUGAAUUAUGGUUUAUAUCGAAAGAUGGAAAUUUAUCGACCACAUAAAGCUGUAACUGAGGAGAUGACGAAGUACCAUAGUGAUGACUACGUCAAAUUUCUACGAUCAAUACGACCAGAUAACAUGUCAGAGUACAGCAAGCAGAUGCAAAGAUUUAAUGUUGGAGAAGAUUGUCCUGUAUUUGACGGAAUGUUUGAAUUUUGUCAGUUAUCAACAGGAGGUUCAGUCGCUGCAGCAGUAAAACUCAACAGACAACAGACUGACAUUGCAAUCAACUGGGCUGGAGGCCUUCAUCAUGCCAAGAAAUCUGAGGCAUCAGGUUUUUGUUAUGUCAAUGAUAUUGUUCUCGCCAUCCUUGAAUUGCUGAAAUACCAUCAAAGAGUUUUGUAUAUUGACAUAGAUAUCCACCAUGGAGAUGGGGUGGAAGAGGCCUUUUAUACAACAGAUCGUGUAAUGACUGUAUCAUUCCAUAAGUAUGGUGAAUAUUUCCCUGGCACGGGGGAUCUUCGGGACAUAGGGGCAGGCAAAGGUAAAUAUUAUGCUGUUAACUUCCCAUUACGAGAUGGAAUUGAUGAUGAAUCUUAUGAACAGAUAUUUAAGCCAAUUUUGACCAAGGUAAUGGAAAUGUACCAGCCCAGUGCUGUUGUACUACAGUGUGGGGCUGAUUCAUUGUCAGGAGACAGACUUGGAUGUUUCAAUCUCACACUAAAGGGUCAUGCUAAGUGUGUGGAAUUCAUGAAGACUUUCAACUUGCCCCUCCUGAUGCUUGGAGGUGGAGGAUAUACAAUCCGCAAUGUUGCUCGUUGUUGGACAUAUGAGACUGCUGUAGCACUGGAUACAGAAAUCCCAAAUGAAUUACCAUAUAAUGACUAUUUUGAGUACUUUGGGCCAGACUUCAAGCUACACAUCAGUCCUUCCAAUAUGAUGAACCAGAACACAUUGGAAUAUAUGGAAAAAAUUAAACUGCGUUUAUUUGAAAAUCUACGCAUGCUACCACAUGCUCCUGGUGUCCAAAUGCAGGCAAUUCCCGAAGAUGCUAUUCAGGAAAACAGUGGCGAGGAAGAGGAGGGAGAUCCUGACAAACGAAUUUCAAUCCGAGCAUCUGAUAAGCGAAUAGCACGUGAUGAGGAAUUUUCUGACUCUGAAGAUGAAGGAGAAGGAGGCCGAAGAAAUAUUACACACCACAAGAAAUGUACUAAACGAGCGAGAAUUGAAGAAAAGAAAGAACCAGAAGAGAGAAAACUAGAUACCAAAGAGGAAGACAUAUCUAAAGAUAGCAACACAGACAUAACUGAUGCAAAGGGGAUCAGGUCUGAACAAACCAUCAAAUAGAAUGUGGAAAAAGCUGUAAAUGCCCUUCAGUUUGGGUAGCAUCUGCGAAGAGAGAAGCAGAGUUACCACGUCAGAUCAGUGAACUUUCGUCAAAAUGGAUGCUAAUGUAGCAAACGGAGGUCAUAUCUUAAAGCCCUGCUUCUGAAGGCUAAAAUCUUUUUGUACUUUUUCAAGUGGACCACAUAUUUAUUUCAAAACCAGGCAUGUAUGUUGGUCAGCUUUUUUCUUGACAUUCUGAAAAACAAGUACCAAUUAUGAAGCUGAAAGAAAGGUUUAACUUUAAAAACCACCUUACUGAUAUUGCAAAUAAUAGCAUUUGUAAUUAAUGUUUUUUAACCAAACAGUUUUGCUUAUAACUGAGCUAUCUGUUACUUUGUUAAAACUUUUUACUAUCUUUUACACAAAUUUGUAAUUAAAUGUUGUCACAUAACUGAAUAGUGCAGGAGUGAGUGAGUGUGUGUUUGUGUAUGUGUGAUAUUAAAAGGUAUUUACAUGAUGACAAAUGUAAAGCACCACCAUGAUUUCUGUUUUGCAACUUAAUGGCGUCUUCAAGACAAAACUAUCCAAACUUUUACUUAGCAUAACAAUACAAGAACAUUCUGUUUGUAGGCACCAAUUUCAAGUUAAAAAGCCACCUACUUGAUCAACAAUGUUUCAGGUAUUUUAAGGAUUAGAACUAAAUGAAAUGAAAGGACUGAUGGAAUUCUAUUUUGUUUGUGACUGGUGCUGAUAAAGAGAAUUUGUCAGCUUUCUGUGUAGGAAAAUCAUUUGACAAGAAAAAUAUUUGUUUUCCAGGUAAUUUAUUUUCCAGUCAGUUACUUUGCUGCUAUGAUGUGGGGGCAGGGGUAGUGGGUGGGUACAGGGGAAAAGGUAAUCUAAGGUUCUGAGCAUUUAAUCACGUUUGAUUCUCCUUUCCUCACAAUCUAAAAUCUGUUGUUACUUAGUUCACCUCUUUCUGGCUUCCCCAGCCCCCACUCAGAAUCCCUCAAUAUCAAACUUAAGUGGGUUCCAAGACUUUUCAGUAUCCUGCCAUUUUGAUUUUGGUUGGGUAAUGAAUGGUAGGCAGAUUUGCACUUCAGUACAGUUCAAUAAUGUACUGUUUUAUUUAUAUGAUCUAAUUUAGCAGAGCCUCAGUGUUUUGCUCUUGGAAGGGCUAUAAUAUGAUCCUUGCUGUUUAUGUGAUGCACAUGCUAAGUUAAAGUCUAGAAGUAUUCUCCAGAAAUUGUCUCACCAAUCAAAUGCCUUGAUUACUAUGAAUUUACUGACUUACCUCAGAAAGAGUUGGUAAUUGUCCACCUGCUGAACCACAUGAUGUCUUAAUUGCUGUAAAAUACCUUUGGCAUUGCAAAUGACUUUUUACAAGCUUGGAGUCAUAUUUGUUCUGUUAAGAGUUUUUUUUAAAAGGUAAAUAUCUUCUAUUUACUUUGUUUUUAUUUUUCAUGUCUGUCUAUUCCAGUCACCCCUUUUGUUUUCCAAUUUUAUUAUUCAAUUAAAUAUUCUAACUGAUAUUAA